UUCUCAUUUAUGGUCUUCUUUUAUUACACAGAAAGAUUAUAUUUUCUUUUGGGUAAGCGUUAGGCCAAGAUAAACAAAUGGGCAAACGAUGGUGAAAGCAUUUAAUAAUUUAAGGGUAGAGUGGAGUAAGUUUUAAUUCAUAGCCGCGGGGUCUGAACAGAGCAUAUAUGCGAGAAGAUUGGUUUGGUGAGCUGUGGAUCUCUGCAUUUUGAUAAUAUUUUACAGUCUUCGAUCACAUGGUUUCUGAGUACCAUAAAUCUCAGUUAUUGCUCUCUUUCUCUAGCUUUUGAGAGAGGAGAUGUGGGAUCACUCUCGGAGGCCAUGAAGUCAACAAGCGUUGGUCUCCAUUUAUGGUGGAGAAUUCUUUCUUUUGUUCUUCUUUUGGUUCAGUCUUUUGGGAUUAACAGAGAUGGAAUUCUCUUGCUCUCUCUCAAGUACUCUGUUCUGAGUGAUCCUCUUUCAGCACUGGAAAGCUGGAACCACUACGACGAAACACCAUGUUCAUGGAAAGGCGUCAGGUGUUCUUCCCCAGGAAUGCUCGACACGUGCUCUCGUGUCAUCGCUUUGUCUCUCUCAAACUUUCAGCUUCUGGGUUCGAUUCCAGAUGAUCUGGGCAUGAUCGAACACCUUCGGAAUCUUGAUCUCUCCAACAAUGCUUUCAAUGGGUCCCUUCCUCUAUCACUCUUCAACGCGUCUGAGCUUCAGGUAAUGGAUUUGUCCAACAAUUUGAUCUCCGGUGAGCUUCCGGAGGUUGACGGAGGGUUAGCAAGUCUUCAAUUGCUUAACCUCUCGGACAAUGCCUUGGCGGGAAGGAUACCAGACUACCUGAGUACUCUGAAUAAUCUUACUUCUGUUUCGUUGAAGAACAACUACUUUUCUGGUGGUCUACCUAGUGGCUUCGCUUCUAUUGAAGUUUUAGAUCUGUCUUCCAAUCUGAUUAACGGAUCAUUGCCUCCAGAUUUUGGAGGGGAAAGUCUUGGUUAUUUGAACAUCUCUUACAAUAGGCUUUCCGGGUCAAUCCCACUGGAGUUUGCCCAGAAUAUCCCAGAAAGUGCAAUCCUUGAUCUCUCAUUCAACAAUCUCACCGGAGAAAUUCCAGAAGCCAAUGUUCUCUAUAAUCAGCAAACGAAAUCUUUUUCCGGAAAUACUGGUCUAUGCGGGAAACCGCUCAAGGCUCCGUGUCCUAUUCCUUCAACGCUUUACAAUGCCACAGAACCAACCUCUCCACCAGCCAUUGCAGCAAUGCCCAAGACAAUAGACUCAACCCCAGUGACCUCGCCCGGAACGACAAAUGGGUCUCGGAAGCAAGAUGAAAACGGGCUCAGACCAGCGACAAUUGUCGGAAUCGUCCUGGGGGACAUUGUGGGAGUGGGAAUUCUGGCUGUGAUCUUCUUAUACGUCUACCAAUGGAAGAAAAAGAAGAAUGUGGCAAAUGCAAUAAAGACGGAGAAAAACGAAACUAACUCAGCCAAGGACAUUUGGUCAUCGUCUUCGUCUUCGUCGGAGACCAGAGGAAUCACAGCAUGGUCAUGCCUGCCAAAAAGAGGAGACGAAGAAAACAGCACCGAAACCACAGGCUCCGAUGGCGAAGAAGAACAGACCAUGCAAACCGGUCAUAGCAAUCAACGGCAGCAAGAACAGCAGAAGCAAGGAGGAGGAGGAGCUCUAGUGACCGUGGACGGUGAGAAAGAGCUUGAGCUAGAGACUCUCCUCAAGGCUUCGGCCUACAUACUGGGCGCCACGGGUUCAAGCAUAAUGUACAAGGCUGUGCUCGAAGAUGGCACCACUCUCGCAGUCCGAAGAAUUGGCGAAAGCGGCGUGGAGAGGUUCAGAGACUUCGAGAACCAGGUAAAAGUCAUAGCCAAGCUGGUGCACCCCAACCUGGUUCACAUCAGAGGCUUCUAUUGGGGGGUCGAUGAGAAGCUUGUCAUCUACGAUUUCGUCCCCAACGGCAGUCUCGCCAGUGCCCGUUACAGGAAAGUAGGCUCAUCUCCUUGUCACAUGCCAUGGGAAGUCCGACUCAAAGUUGCCAAAGGUGCAGCCAGGGGCUUAACCUAUCUCCACGACAAGAAGCAUGUGCAUGGAAAUCUCAAGCCUAGCAACAUCCUUCUGGGCAUCGACAUGGAGCCCAAAAUCGGCGAUUUCGGCCUGGAGAGGCUCGUCUCCGGCGAAACUAGCUACAAAGCUGGUGGAUCCGCCCGGAAUUUCGGGAGCAAGAGAUCGACAGCCUCCCGCGACAGUUUCCAAGACAUGCCAGUUGGGCCCAGCCCCAGCCCGAGUCCAAGCUCACUGGGCGUGUCCCCCUACCACGCCCCCGAGUCGCUCCGGAGCCUCAAGCCCAACCCGAAAUGGGACGUGUUCUCAUUUGGGGUCAUACUGCUGGAGUUGCUCACUGGGAAGGUUAUAGUCUCAGAUGAUUUGGGGCUUGGAUUAGCGUCGGAGGACAAGGGCCGGGUUCUGAGAAUGGCUGACGCGGCAAUUCGAGCUGACCUGGAAGGCAAAGAGGAUGCCCUGCUGGCCUGUUUCAAGUUAGGGUUCAGUUGCGUGUCGCCAGCCCCUCAAAAAAGACCAUCCAUGAAAGAAGCCGUCCAAGUUCUGGAGAAAAUCCCGUCUUCUUCUUCGUCUUCCUAUUAUUAUGCCCACUAAUCAUAUCAUUUGAGUUAUGCAAUGUAGAGAGAUGUACGUAAUAUUAACUAACAUAUUGUUGUCUAUGUCACAUAUUUUUGCUUGUGAUUGAUUCCAGAGGAUUUGCGCUUGAGGCUUGACUAAAUUUUCUUGUGUGA